AAGUCUCGUGCGUUCUUUGAACGUGAGGAACAAACUGGCGGGUGCGAGUGAGCAACAAUAUGGCCGUCGAUCUGGGCCUGCGUACCCCCUUAUUGUGUGCCUAGCCACGCGAUUGACGCUGCAGUUUCGAAAUUUCUUGGCGAUGGUUGGAACUGAAAAUGACGGCCUCGCUGGCGCCUCGCAAGUCGUCGACUGCGUACGAUGAAACCUUGAACUCGGCUUCCUACAACAGCGGGAUCUUUGUCACGUUUGCGUCCGCCAGGGAACGCAGGUGGAAUCUUAUGAACCAAUUCUUUACAAGGAGAUUUUACAGAGAAUACAAAAAUCCAAACCCCCGCAUUGUCGCAUCUUUGGAAUCCAACGGCUUGUCAGAGCACGCCAUGCACAUUGCCAACUGGUCUGGAAAUGAGUCAUCACGAUCUGCCCUUCCCAUUAAUGUAUUCCACCUCAACAAUGGGGUCCUGGAAGGCACCAUUUACAGGCUUGCCAAAGGUACAAAAGUGCGGUUCAUGCUGGGCCCCUCACUGUAUGGCAAAAAUGUCAAGUUCUUCAUAAACACGCCACUUACAUCCGGCGCCACUUAUUCAAGGACCCAGUAUAAUGAAGUGAACUGGUGCCGGGACAUCCACAAUCCCAACGAUGAGACAGCAUACUUUGCUGACAUCACUUUCAUCCUGGCAGGAAGCUUUCAUUACUACUUCACGUGCAAUGAUGAGUGUGAACAUGCAGGUUCAGGAUACUUUCUCAUUGAUCCUGUGCUUCGGCAUGGCAAGGAUCGAGAGGUCCUGCCAUUGGACUGUGUCCAGUGCCAGACAGUACUGACCAAGUGCCUGGGACCCUUCGAUGGCUGGAAGGAGAAGCUGGCAGUGAGCCGCGAGAGUGGCUAUAACUUUGUCCAUUUCACGCCCAUUCAGGAGUUGGGGGACUCCUUAUCGUGCUAUUCUCUCCGCAACCACCGCAGGCUAAACCCCAUGUUCAGCACGCCAAAUCGCACGUACGACAUGAAGGAUAUGGAAGAGCUUGUCAACAUGAUGUGUGAUGAAUGGAAAGUAUUGUCAUUAACAGAUGUUGUGUUGAACCACACGGCAAAUGAGACUCCUUGGAUCAGGGAGCACCCUGAGUGUGCAUACAACCUCAAGAAUUCACCGCACCUCAAGCCAGCCUUCCUCUUGGAUGUUGCCAUCCACUGUUUCAGCCUUGAGAUCUCCAAGGGAAAGUGGGAGUCCGAGGGCAUUCCUGCAUCCAUCACACAUGAGGAACAUCUUGAUGCGCUGAGACGUGUAUUCGAACUGAACUGGCUCCCAAUGUUGCAGCUGCAGGAGUUCUUCACCAUCAAUGUGGAUGGCAUUGUUGACACAUUCAGGCAGAAGGUUAUUGACAAAGGGCAGCCAAACACUGGUCCCAUGCCUGAUGGUGGCAACCUGAAAGUGCUGCGGGAUCCAGAGUACCGGCGAAAUGGCUCCACUGUUGACAUGAAUAAGGCCCUGCAGAUCUUCAACCGCAACUGGGAACCUAGUAGCCCCGAUGCUCCCGAUCUGAUUGACAGGUGUUGUAGCGACUUCAGGCGCUACCUGGAGCACUUAAAUGGCAUCGAGUGGAAUUUGCUGCACAGCCAUCUUCAGGCAGCAGUGGAGAACAUCUUACGUGGUUGUCGCUACCUCCGUGUUCAAGAGGAUGGACCCAAGAAGACUGCAGUUACCAUCAAGAAUCCUCUCGUGGGAAGGUACUUUGUGGUCAACACCGAUAUCCCAGUCCUGGACCUGAAGGAGGCAGAGAAGCUAAUCUUCAGUGACAGAGCUGCCUUUGUUAUGGCCCACAAUGGUUGGGUCAUGAAUGAUGAUCCACUGCGGAAUUUUGCUGAGCCAGGGUCGAAUGUGUACCUUCGUCGUGAGCUCAUAGCCUGGGGUGACAGCGUCAAGCUUCGAUACGGCAAGUCACCUGAUGAUUGCCCGUUCCUGUGGGAGUACAUGAAGGACUAUGUCUGCGAGACGGCCAAGAUAUUCCAUGGCAUACGCCUUGACAACUGCCACAGCACCCCACUGCCACUUGCAGAGUAUGUCCUGGAUGCUGCACGCCUGGUACGUCCAGACCUCUACGUGAUUGCCGAGCUCUUCACGUCGAAAGAGGAAGUUGACAACAUCUUUGUCAAUCGACUUGGAAUCAGCUCUCUGAUUCGUGAAGCCAUGAGUGCUCACAAUGCUCGUGAGCUGGGCCGGCUUGUUUACCGGUAUGGUGGUGAACCUGUAGGAAGCUUUAUUCCCCCGCCAAUUCGCUGCCUCAAGCCAUGCAUUGCACAUGCACUUUUCAUGGACAUCACGCAUGACAACCCGUCACCUUUUGAGAAGCGUUCAGUGUACGACUACCUUCCGAGUGCUGCUGUUGUGUCAAUGGCAUGCUGUGCAACUGGAUCAAACCGUGGCUACGAUGAGCUCGUGUCCCAUCAUAUUCACGUUGUUGAUGAAUUUCGUCAGUACCCUGCUUGGUCAGUGAACCCAACUGAGAAGCCUUCAUCUGUCCACCUGCUUUCAGGGAUCAUCGCUGCAAAGCGAGCACUGAACCGACUGCACCACGAGCUUGGCCUGCAAGAUUUCACGCAAGUUUUUGUGGACCAGGUUGACCCCAACACAAUUGCUAUCACUCGACACAGUAUUUCUACGCAUGAGUCGGUGGUCCUGGUGGCCCGUACAUCAUUCCAGAUGCCUGGGAACCCGAACGAGACAGGUUGUAUCCCACCACUGUGCAUCCCUGGAGUGAUUGAGGAGGUCAUCUUCGAGGCAAAGACUGUCAAGGUGAACAAGGAUAACAAGACAAAGGAGGAGAAGAACAAGGAGUACAUUGUAGGGCUCAGUGAUUACCGACUUGAGAUCCGUGAGCACAUCUCACUUGUGGAAUCUAAGAUGGUGGACCUCAGCGACGCGAGUGAACAGAACCUGCAAGAGCUGGACUUCUCCAACUUCACGCCAGGUUCUGUCAUUGCUUUUAGGGUGGCCCCUCAUCCAGUGAGCAAAGCCGCAGUUCAGUACCUUCGCCGGCACCUGACCCACAUGGGAUAUAUUCUGGGAGCCCAGCCUGAAGCUGCUGCUGGGGCACCUGUGUGCUCUAAUGAAGAGAGCAUUCAGAGCAUAGUCAAGGCCCUCACACUGUCAGACCUUAACCGAGUCCUGUUCCGCUGUGACGUUGAGGAGCGGGCCGAGGACAGGGGUGGGGCCGCCUACAACUUUCCGAAGUUUGGCAGCCUCGUUUACUGUGGCCUUCAAGGCAUCAUGUCUGUGCUGUCUGAGAUUCGCAUAAGGAACGAUCUUGGUCACCCUGUGUGCGACAACUUGCGUGUCGGUGACUGGCUCAUGGAGUACAUCAGCAAUCGCCUUGCUCAGGAGCGUACCACUGGGAAGCUUGCCAAGUGGCUGGACCAAGUGUUUGCAUCUGUGAAGAAGGCUCCUCGUUAUCUGAUUCCCUGUUACUUUGAUGCUGUGGUGACCAGCACGUACUGCAUUGUGCUUGAGGAAGUGUGGAACAAAAUGUCAGAUUUUGUAAAGAAUGGUUCAACACUGGUGCGAGAACUGGCCCUGGGUUCAGUGGCUCUGGGUGGCUACGUUCCGGGAGCCCACCUACCACCACUGUCGCGUCAGCUGACACCACCUCAACAGCCAUACCGGAUUGACGAAAAGACCAAUGCUCGCCAGGAGACUUGCACCACCAUUUCCGCAGGACUGCCACACUUUGCAGCUGGCUAUAUGAGAAACUGGGGCCGAGACACAUUCAUUGCUCUCAGGGGUCUCUUCUUGCUGACUGGCAGGUUCCAGGAGGCAAGGUACGUUAUCCUGGCAUUUGCGGGCUGUCUCCGGCACGGUCUUAUUCCUAACUUGCUGGACAAGGGAACGCAUGCACGAUACAAUUGCCGCGAUGCCAUCUGGUGGUGGCUGCAGGCGAUUCAAGACUACUCCAAGGAGGCUCCCGACGGCUACCUCAUCCUCAAGGACAGAGUGGCACGCCUUUAUCCAACUGAUGACAGUCCACCACAGGAACCUGGUGUCAAGGAGAUGCCCCUUGAAGAAGUGAUACAGGAGGCCCUGCAGCGUCAUUUUGCAGGCAUUGCAUUCCGAGAGAGGAAUGCUGGCCACCAGAUUGACAGCCAGAUGAAUGACGAAGGCUUCAACGUUACGGCUGGAAUAGAUGUCAAGAAUGGCUUUGUGUACGGUGGUAAUCCUUGGAAUUGUGGAACAUGGAUGGACAAGAUGGGGAGUUCUGAGAAAGCUGGUAACAAGGGGCAUCCUGCCACACCCAGAGACGGGUCUGCAGUGGAGCUUGUAGGUCUCUGCAAAUCCGCCUUGCGGUGGCUUGAUCAGAUGUACAAGGACGGCUACUACCCAUACAAUGCAGUUGAGAAGACUGAGCAUGGUGUGACGACUGUGAUGACUUUUGACCAGUGGGGGUCACUGAUCAAGAAAAAUUUUGAGCCAUGUUUUUGGGUGCCUCCUGCACACCAGCCCGUGCACCAUGACGAUUUGCAUCCUGAAAUGAUUAAUCGCCGUCUGAUCUACAAGGACUCAUAUGGGGCCAUUUGGCCGUGGGCUGACUAUCAAUUGAGGCCAAACUUUCCAAUUGCCAUGGUGGUGGCACCUGAGCUUUUCACUGUUGAGAAGGCCUGGGAUGCUCUAAACAUUGUCAAACAGACCCUUGUUGGCCCCUUUGGAAUGAAGACCCUUGAUCCCAGUGACAUGAAUUACAAUGGCUAUUACUACAACAGCAAUGAUUCUCAUGACUACAAGUGUGCUCAUGGCUUCAACUACCACCAGGGUCCGGAAUGGCUCUGGCCGAUGGGCUUCUACCUCAGGGCCAGGCUAUACUUUGCACAAAAGGUGCCUGACAGCAAGAAGGCACUGGCGGCUGCUGUUGACGAGGUCAAGGCGAUCCUUUCCAACAACUACCAGAUUAUCCAGUCGUCACCCUGGCGGGGGCUGCCCGAACUCACUAACCGCGAUGGGGACAUCUGCCCCGACUCCUGCCCGAUUCAGGCCUGGAGCCAUGCCUGCCUUCUGGAAGUGGUUUAUGACCUACAGAAGCUCCAGGCAUCAUAGUUCCAGGCAUCAUAGAAGCUCCAGGCAUGAUAGAAGGGUUGCUAUUGCAGCUUCUACCGAGGAGUGUAGUAAAUUUAUUAUUAAUGGAAGCAUGGCACUAGAUCACCUGGCGUGCAACUUGUUUGGCUUUUAUUCCCAAUAUGGAAUAUGUGUGUGUGGCGUUCAUGCUUUUAGGGUAUUAGAAAUUUUUUCUUUGCAGAUCCAUUGCUGGCAGAAAUAAUUAGGAAGUGUGGAAAAGGAAUUGCUGAAAUACUGAUUAUUAAUGAGCUGCCCAAUUAACUUAUUUAUUUUCUGCUUUAUGUAAGCCUUAGGUACCAGCAACACAUUGUCCAUGCUGACAAGCUGACAGCCAAAUUUCAACAUUCUGGACCUUGCUUUAGUAUUCAGGAUGACAUCAACAUUGUUUUCUUUGUCCUUAUUUACUUUUUAUUUGUAUUACUUAGCCACUCAUUUUUACUGAGUACCAUGUGCUACAUCCUUUUUUGAUUCAGAAAAGUAAGCUGCUAAUUGAAUGUUUGCACAUUGCAUGGAUAUUUGCAAAGCCUCUGUGACAGGCAGGGGUGAAGCUAGAACUUUGACUACAAUAGAUAUUGGUCAUUUACUCGCUAUUUUAUGUGUAAAUGUCAGUGAUGAAUUCGUUUGGCCAGCGAAAUGCAAUUCUAGAUGUGCCUCACGGUGGAAGAAUACAGUAUAUGGAUGUCUCAGUGUAGCCUGGGAACGAGCCAUUUUCAUGGUCUUGAUCUUGAUCGCUUCACUGGUUAGCAGUCACCAGUGGCAAGUGCACAAGCAUAGACUCGAGAGCCCGAGCUAUACUUGUGAAAUUGGAGAAGAAAGAAAGGAAGAGAGGGAAAGAAAAAAAAAGAAAAUGCUGCUAAAAUGCAUGUUCAAAUAGCAUAACUGAAAUUUUUUUUUCUUGUUUUGCAAGUAUUGAACUUUUGCUGCUUAACUGAGGACCAAUAAAUUACUAUUGUAGGUGUGCUUCUAGCUGAAUCAGUACGCAUGUAUGCUUACAUAUGUACGAUGAGGCAGAAAGUGUAUGAUCACUGUUAACUAUCAACGCAUUGGUUUUCCUUGUAUUUACACAUCGGUAAGGUUGAAACCAACUUCGUGAACUGGUUGGUGUCACAAAAUAUCUAAAUAACAACAAAACUAAUUUGUGCCGCAUAAUGUUGGCAAUUUUGUGAAAGCGUUUGAGACAAAGCUUACCACAACCAGGCUGGAAAGUUCCAUGGUCAGUCAAGCAAGCCAUGCACUCUAGAAACAAGAAGUUUAUGUGGAUUUUUGUUUGAUGACCUACGGUACAGAAAAGGUUCGACCACUUGCACCACGUCUAAAAACAAUUUUUUUUUAGUUUACGCAUUUCAAGUAGAUAAUACCUUCCUAACAUGACCAUGGUUAGUUGAACAAGCUCACAUAUGUGGUAGGGGUGGGGGGUCGUACCUUUGACAAACCAGGAACAGUGUCCAAGUAGUCUUUCAUCGCUGAUUUAUCUUGGAAACAUUAAUGUCAAGCCAGAAAGCUUGGUGGUUGCUCCUAAUCUGUAGGUCACAACUGCUGUUGGCACUGCAUCUGGUACUUUUUGUUUUUGCGUAGGAACAUUACCACUUGGCAGAGUUGCUAGUCAUGAUACACAUGCUGGGACACCUUAGGAAACUGACUUUUGUGCUUGUGUGUUGUCAAUUAAUUUGGCCCUGCACUACCAUCUGCUGGCCUCCUGGCUAGUUCUGAUGGCAGCACAACUGCCUCAGAAAUGUUCAGUCUUCAGACCAAUGUGAAUUUUUGUUCAAAUGCAAAGCCUUCUUUUUCAAAAACCCUUAUGGGCUUCUUUUGUAGCUUGAUGCUCCUUUCUGGUAGGUGACAGUCUCUGCCUUUCAUACCGAGGCAUAUUUCUUGCAUAACUCUUCAAUACAAGGCAAGGUUGAAAUUGUUUUGUACAUGAUGCAUCGUUUCAAUUACACAGUCCUUGAGCAUAAUGUUAUGCCAUUGAUGACUGAAGUUUGCCCCCUGUUUAGCUCAAACUUCUUGCCCUGUUUAGAGCACACACAAGUGCAAUACAAAAGUUCACCGUGGAUAAUAUGCAGAACAGUGCUGAAGUUCUCGGCCAAACACAGGAGCUGCAUGCACUGGGAUUCUCAAUCUUUCCAGUCUUGGGGAACCCCACCAGCCUUCCAAGAGUGCUGUGGAAACCCUCCCUCUUUUCCACCCAUGUUCCACACACCUUCGCUAUAAGUGUUGCAGUGAAUUAAAUGGAUAGCUAUACAGAGUAUAUUAUGCAGAAAUUAGAACAAAAAAAGUGCAUAAAUUACUAGAUUAUCUAAACAGGGUAGUCGGUGUGUGGCUUCAUGCCACUUAACAGAGUCAACAGAGUCACAGAGUCAGUUUGAAGUUGCAUCUUGUGCAUUUGAGCCUGUAUUAUGCCAUACCUGCAGUUGGAAACUGCAUCGAGGGAACUUCUUGUAUGAUUGAGGAUAUUGUGUUUUAAAAGUGAAAAUAAUUGUACAUGUUGGCUAUCACGUUGUGGGACGAACAUAUUGUACCCCUUAACUGCCACGACAAAUAAAAAAAAAGUGCAAAAGAAACUGCCAAAAGUCAUUGCAUAUUACUUAAGUUCUUGUCAAAAUUACAAGAAGCUGAACACAUGCACAUGUGCAGAAAUUGCCAAGUAAUUAUUAUGAGUUAACUUAUCAUUGGGACUAUAGGACGAUCGUUGUGAUGGCGAGUUAUCUCUUCAUCGGCAGUUAAAGGGUAAAAUAAUGUUUCACUGGAAAUUUGGGCAUCCUUUGUGCAAACACAGUAGCCACUUGAGUGAGACAAUAAUCAAAGUAGCGCCGCCACUGUGCAAAUGUGUAGCAUCUGCAGUUUACAGUUUGGCACAUUAUUUUUGAUCAUGAAGGCCAUCGCUCUGGACUGAGGAACAGAUGGUAAUACAUAGACAAGUGAUGUUUUCUUUCACGCUGCUCUAUGCACCUUAAUACAGCGCGCGCCGAAUUUAAGGCUACCAUUGGCUCUAGGCACCACAUGCCAUAAAUGGCAUCCUGACGCUGACAAAGUGUCAGAUGCAGAAAAGUUUAUUUUUGCUUUUCUGUGCACAAAUUAUUUUCGAAAUACCACUUGUAGUGCUAAGCCUAAAAGCUUGCUUUGCCUGGCAUGCAGCUACAUGGGUGUGCCUUGCGUGCGUCAAAGGGCUUCCUUAUUUCACAUAAGGUAGAAAAUGAUGCAGUGCAGUAGAAAACUAGCUUCUAUCAAAACUGAGCUGUGCAUACAGUUUGAUUUUGUAGGAAACUCUCUGGCGUUGCCUCUACAGCAACACGUUUCUGGAACAGAUCACAUGUGAGUGCGCCCCACGUGUCUGCUACAAUGCACCACCUAUACUGCCAAUAUCAUCGUCCAUCAGCAGCAAGAGUCUCUUGACCAGGCAGAUGCCUCUGAACUCGGAAGUGACCCUCAGUUUGCAAAACUUUCAAGUCGGUUCCGGCUCACACGUAAUGAACUGCCCUCACGAGCACGAAUUAAAAACACUCAGCGUGGACAUGAUGGGUCUGCAGAUUUCACUGUGAUGAGUCUUGCGUGUUGCUGCCGUGUUGGUCUCAUGAAAAUUACCAAAGUGCAGAUGCGGUGUGUGGUCUCUUCAUUAAAUCCAAAAUGCAGUGCAAGCUUUGUUAAGUAAAAAAAAAAAAAAAAAAAUUGGGAAUAUGAAUUUGGGAAACAGUUUCAAUAUUUGAAAACAGUUUUUCUCUAUUCUGAGCAAAACCUAGUUUCAGAGCCCCUGCACUAGCAGACUACAUGAAAGGGCAAGCCUAACAUUUCAUCAUUGUAAGGCAGUGGACAAAAACAAAAACAGUUUUGUCGCGUGUUUGCUUCGUAGCCAGGUUGACGGAGGUAUUUCGACAUUAGAGUAGUAAGGCCAAAUCACAGGUAUGCUUCCCGGCACAGCUACGCAUGUGCAGAUGGUGCCAGACAGAUUGUAAGUGGCCAAGUGCGACACGAGCACAGAUAUCUGUUCCAGACAGACAUCAGCAUUCUGGCCAUCUCAUGUUUCCACACACCUGGCUUCGCAGCUACAGUGUGGUACAACCGACACUCAGUGAGGCAGGUUUAUGUCAUGUGAGAAUGUGCUUUUUCUUUGCCUUUUGUGCUGUUCUAAUGAGUAAAAAUAUAACAGUUGCUUUCAUCAAUAUUUUAUCAUUUCGAAGCACUGUCAAUAAAUGACAAGGUAUGAAAUGAUUUCUGUCGACACGGUUGUGAGUGAGCCGAGUGGGUACGCGCUGGCGUGCGUCUCAUAUAUGCAAACUGCCAUUUCUCAUGAGGCGUGUUUAACACAAGGUGCGCAAGGUAUGUGCGUAUAGAAGCAUAUGUGUGGUCUGGGCUUUAUUCCACCGUGACCUGCCCCUGCUGAAAGCUUCCAUGGAAUGCAUUUUUUUUCUGGCUCAUGGCGACAGGUACUGCAAUUCAUUUGAGUUCGUUCUGACUGUAUUUGACUGUUAGAGUCCAGCUACGCCUGUUCAAAUUUCACAAAUGAUGAAGUUGUGGCCAUCUCCUGGAGCUUGCAAAAUAAAUUACAUGAUUGUAGGUAUGAUCAUUAUACCGUCACCCUAACAGAUGCCUGACUUUGCUUCAUGUUGGAGACAUGCCAACUAGACUGCUCAUUCAGUUCUUAACACUAAUUGAAAGCAAGGGCUGUUUUCUUCAAAGAGUCAUUUCGAGAAUGCUUUCAAUUUUGUAUGGUGCAGCAUGCAGCAUCAAAAGUUCCUGCUAAUGUCUUCUGUCAAACAUAUAUAGUGUGCUUGACAUAUGCAAACACACGUGGCUGUGCUUUUAGCAUUAGAUGGUGGCUUUUUGUGAUGCUUACUGGUAGUUGUCAAACAACUCAUAUUCGUACUGGGACAGCUGUCCUCGCAAGUAGGAAUGUGGCAGCCCAGUGGUUAUGGUGUUGCACAACUGAGCUCGAGGUUGCGGCUUUGAUCGCGGCUGCAUUUUGAGGGGGGCAAAAUGCGAAAGUGCUUGUGUACUGUACUAAGCCCUGGGGGUCAAAAUUAAUCCAGUGGUUUCCACCUAUUAAUCGGAUUGUCAUUUUGGCAUGUAAAACCCCAGAAUCAGUUUUUUUUUGCCUUCCUUUCUUUCCUUUCUUUUCUUUCUUUCUUUUUUGCAAGUGGGAUGAAUGUGGGUGCAUAUACUACAUAGUUUGUAGAAAGUUGGCUGUUUCACUAUCUCUGAAGAAACUUUUUUAAGUGUGCUUUGUUCAGUUGUAGGUGCUCUUGGCAGCUACUGGCAAAAAAAAAAUCUACCAUCGGUCCUAUACCAGCUAGUAGCUGUAAACAUGACGCAUAACAAUAAAAUUAUUAAAAAUGAUGUGUACUGUUAGUCUCGAAAGUUUAUGAAAAAAGCUGAAAUUUCCGUGCAGUUUGUGCCUGUAGCCAAUUAAACAGUUCAACACUGUGUAGUUCUCCCACAAAUACUAUGUGUGCUGGAAAUACAAAUUAGACUGCAUUUGCAGACUGUGAAUAUAGCUUCCUUACCCCGUGAGUAUUUCAUGCGGUGUCUCAGUGGCUACGGUGUUCUGCUCUUGAACAUGAAAUUGCAGGUUUGACUCCUCGUCACAGUGGUCGCAUGUUAAUGCGCAACUCUUGUUAAUGAGUUGUGCAUGUUAAUGAGGUGUGUUUCACACUGUGCAGGUUUAGGACAUUAAACAGCACAAUUUGAUUUUUAAUGCUGAGAGUAACUUAUCUCCUCACUUCCAAAUUGUGCAUUCUGGUCCCUGCAAAGAUGUCACUGUAGAAGACUCUGCUGUUGGUCAGUUCGACCAAACAUGAUUAAGUGGGCAACUUUAAUAUAAGAAACAAGCAAGGGCUAGGAAGAGGACUGAAAUACGGUUACCUGUGUAUGUUUAUUUUCUUACUUCACCUUUACAUGUGGCCCUCUAUGGGUUGGGCCAACUGCUGUUUAGCUUAGUGCUUUUAAGUCCUUGCUGGUGCUAAUGAGGUUACAGCUUAGUCAUUAGAGCAUCAGGGUCAGGUCUAAGGGACCCAGGGUUUUAUUUCAGAUGUGCAGGCAAAAUUUGCUCUGCUUGGUUACUUGGUGACCACUGAUGAGCAAUGUUUUGGCAAGGCUCUACAAGAUUAGUAAUACUCUGCAGGAUUGCCUAAAAUACAGAGCCAACAAAAAUGAAAUGUGAGAGCAGAGUGAUUGGCUGUAAGUAGAAGAAAAGAAUAGACAUUUGCUACUGCAAAUAGUUUUUGUCAUCUACUGCUGUUACAGCCUCUCUAUGCCCCAGCAGAGAAGAAUCUCUGUGAAAAUGGCUCUUCUGAAAUAUGUCCUUUUUUAUGCCAACCUUGUGGAGAGCACUGAGGUUUGCAGCAUGGUGCCAUGCUUACAUGCCAUGCCAUCGCUGCAGUUCUGCUUCUGAUUUUUAUAUCAGAUGCAUGCAUACUUACAGGGCAUUUCUAUCAAAGUUGCAUGAAAUGGCUGUUAUAAAGCAGUUAACUUGCCAUUUAGUGUUGUUGUAGGGUAAUUAUCCUGAAGUUUCGAGUAAAAGAGAAGAGACAGCAGCAUGAAAAAUUAUUUGCACUGUGGCAUAUAAUGCCAUUUCACCUAAAACUAUUUACAACAUUUACAUAAUGCCAUAAAAGCCAUAAGUGUUCAUUCGGCCUAGUGCUUGUUUUUUGUGAUAUCUACUUUCAGGCCAGUAGAUGAGUUGCACUUGCUUACAUUUGCCUGCAUUCGCAGUUCCUUACAUUCAACUAAUUUUUUGGCCAUCUGUUAUGAUUCUUAUUACCUGUUUUGAAUUGUUGCAUUAGCUUUGGACUACAGGUUAACAGGUUGCUACAUUUUUUUCAGCACUGUGCAGUAAUGAGUAAAAAGUAAGAUUCUACAGCUGGUUUUGCCUGUUAUGGAACAUAUGGCUAGCCAUUAUGAUAAUCAUGUCCUAAUCUGGCAGUAUGCUAACCAGUUGUGAUGGUAACCAUUAUUGUACUGAAUUACAUUGGUCUCUGAGUUUUUCAGUGUUGUGCGCUCUUUAAGCCAGCAGAAGUUCAGGUGGAAGUGAUCCUUAGUUCUUGUAUCGGAUUCAAUCCAAACUGACAAGAGGGCUGUAUAAUAAUGGCUAAAAGAAAAGGUACCUACUAGAACUAGUAUGAUUUAACAUGCUUGACUGUUGUUCAGCAUAGAUUCUGUAUACUAUAUUAUAUACUAACUCUCCAAAAACUUAUCAUCUGCAGGCUUGAUGCCUGAUGCCUGUGUAAGUGUGCUUCAUUAGCCAUAAUAAUUUCACAGAUGCUUUCUGUUCAAGCAGUCUGGCAUGUCUUUAGGAAUAGGAAAUGCUUAUCAAUAGUGUGCACACUUUUUGCCAGCUGAGAUUUUCUUGACUUUCCCUGUGCCAUAUUUUAUUCCUUGCUUCCUUGUAUUUACUCUCAAAAGCCAUGUAAGGCAUGAUUGUGAAGUGUUCGAAGUGUUCCUUAGAAAAUAUACUGACUUGUAUUUAUUUGUUUAGUCAUCUGUUACUUUCUCGUUUCAUGCAUCUGUGUUCUUGGUGUGUGGAACUGGACCAUGCUAGACAGUGCGUUGCAGUUGGUGCUCAUAUCUUACAGAUUGCAUACAGGGAAAAGACUGGGAAUGCAGGAGAUGGAAAUUCAAGACGAUGAGCAAAACGUGAACAAGGUGAAUGCAGAAGCCAACGUUUCGACAAAUGGACUUGUCUUCUUCAAGCCGUCUUCACAAGUGGACUUGCCUUGAAGAAUACAAGUCCACUUGUCGAAACGUUGGCUCCUGCAUUCACCUUGUUCACGUUUUGCUCAUCAGAUUGCAUACAGGUGUUGUGUGUUGGUGGAUAUUUGUAGUGAUGCUGCUGGUGUCAUUAUUUGAGUAUGCCUUUCUCUACUUGCACAAUUACAAGUUUGCUGCCUAAUGUUCUUCCCAUUUGUGUAGACCACACUUAAUUUUUUAUUGGUACCUUUCUCAAAGAGGACUAAAAUAGCAGCUGUUGUAGAAGACCACUGUUCACAAUUCUAGUGAAGUAUACAUGCGGAACCAUGUCAUUCCUUUUUGAGAUUCCUUGUAUUUGUUUCUUACGCCAGAUGUGUUUUACUUGUUAGCAAGUAGCUUAACUGAAAUAUUACAAAGAUGACCCGAGGUUUCUGCUUCGUAAAUUUGUGAAAGUGCUUGCAAAUUUAACUACCAGCUAUCAAAUGCACCUGCCAGAUGCCUGCCAGCUAUCAAAUACCCACCAAAUGUAUUGGUGGGUAUUUUGAUUAGUUUCGCUGCUGUUUAGAAUUUAGUGUGAAACCUGCUGUCACCUGUACAGCUAUGAAUACACUGCUUCAUACACCAGUGAUGUUACACAGUUGUUAACUUGAAUAGCUUGUUUGUACCUUACAAAACAAUGAAACAAGGAGAUGCUGAGCUUGACCUGUCACUGGGCUUGGGAAUUCGUAAAGCUCUGAAAUGAUGCAAUAUUGGUGUCUGUGUGUCACUUGUGCACAGCUCUGUGCUGAUAUCCAAGAUUUUCAGUCGCAAGCAUUCAUAGCGGAGUUUGCAGUUUCAUAAGGUUUGGAAGAAAAUUGGGAAAGUAAUAAUGGGAAUGUGAGCUGGUUGGCCAGCUCUUGUUGAAUAAAUAGAAGGUGUGCAAGGAAACCACCAGGUGCAAAAGAAAGUGGACGUAGCCCUUCCACUGCUCCCGUCUCCUGUCAUAUCCAGUCUGUCGUCACUUACAAGCCACACUUAAGAAAAUGAAAACGAGAGCUGUUGUGACAGCACUGUGGUUAUAUAUGUUUACAAUGAAAAUGUAAAAAUAUCUGUGGGUGCUUGAAAAAGGAGUUUCACAUUUUUAUGUUAGUUAUUCUCACAUGUUUCGUGCUUUGGAAGCAACAUGGAAGCAAGCAACCAUUUACAGCGCUAACCACGGAGGCAAUUGAUUCCACGAUCGAAGCUAGAGUUCAAAAGCACCUCCAGGCUUUCAAGGACUUCUUCACAAAGAACAUCCUCAUCCUGAUUGAAAAUAUCACAAAGCCUAUCGUCGAGAAGUUUGCAACCCUUAACACCCAAGUCGCCACGCUCGCAAAUCAAGUCGCCACUCUCACAAGCCAUGUUACCAGCCUAACAGCCCAGGUCAACAAUUUCAUAGCACAUGCAAAGAACAAUUAUGUCACAAAGUCCUACCUCGACAGCCUUUUCAACACGACUGAGCAGGGUAGAACGAAGGCUUGCACAAAGUGUCGCAAUGCCUCCCGCUCAAUCUCACCCAACCAUGAAGCUGCCUGUGAAGUUGAAGAGUCUCAUGAUGGUGACACCUAAAACCACAACAAAGAGCCCGCAAAAAACUCUGCGCAUCUGGCAAUGCAAUUGUCGAUCCCUCCAUCCUCAGUAUGCAAAUCUAUAGGAACUCUUCAAACUAAACCACUCUGAUGUAUUUGCCCUACAGGAAACCAAUACCCACAAUGUUCGACUUCAAGGAUACACUGCUCAUACACAAACCCAACGCACAGCCAUCCUUACCAAGAAAACUCUCACAACGCAUGAACACGAAAUAGAAGACAUCCCCAUCGAGCACACUCUAGUGGAGAUCAUACCAGACAGAAAAACGCAGGAAAGCCUCUUUAUUGCCAACAUAUACAGCCCUCCUCGUGAUCAACUUCCGAAAUUCGACCACUUUGUCCGUGAACUCGGGAAACGCACGAAAGGCCAUCAAGUUGUCAUAAUGGGAGAUUUUAAUGCCCCACAUACAGCAUGGGCUUAUCCAAACACCACCAAGAAGGGAGCCUGAGUGCACGACACUGCUCAACAACACAGGCUGACCCUGUGGAAAGACCCACUGCAGGCCACGAGAGUCGGGAACAGUGUCCCCAGGGACACAAACCCAGACCUUAUGUUCACAGCGAACGUUCACUGGGUGGUGUGGAGUCGACUUUCGGAGACGCUCGAAAGCGACUACCACAUUAUCCAACUUGAUGUCACGCACAACCGGAAACCAACCAAGACUGGAGUUGCUCAACUAACAGACUGGAAGUCCUUCAGAGACAACCUCAGCAGCAACACAACAAUCGACGACAUCGACCAUUGGCUCAAGGGCCUUCUCAUCACCGCAGAAAACCACACCAAGAGCAUCCAGCUAAGUAAGCACCAACACCGUCGCAGUCGACCUGCAUCUCCUUCAUCUCUGGGAGGCCAAAAGAAGCCUCGUAAAGAGGUGGAAGAGACAAAAGCUCAAUAGAAAACUUAAGAAACGAAUCGCCCUUCUCACCAUACAGGCCCAAGAUUACGCGGAGCAACUCAGCAGGCAAAAUUGGCACACCUUUUGUGACAGCAUACAAGGGACACUCAGCACCAAGAAAACCUGGCAUCUCCUAUGCGCUUUCUUAGCUACCGAUCGCACCAAAAUGCAACAGAGGCAAGAUCUGCGCAGACUGAUCCACAAUCACGCUGGAUCGGAGCAUGAUCUCCUUCGUGAGCUUCAGCAAAAACUUAGCAGCGACAAGCCCACUUCAGCGAGCGGAAAGACGUAGGACGGUGCACCAAACCCAGAUCUCGAUCGACCAUUCACCCAUGCAGAGCUCCACGCAGCCUUAGCCAAAUUCACUAGAAACACCAGUCCCGGCAAGGACAGAAUAACUAAUAAGCUCCUACGCAACCUCCCGCAAUCUGCCACAACAGCACUGCUACAGUACUACAACGACUGCUGGGAAAAGGGGGACCUACCAGCAGCCUGGAAGCAUUCAGAGGUCUCCAUGAUUUCCAAACCCAACAAACCCCUUCGCAUCGAAAACCUCCGUCCCAUUUCCUUCACAUCUUGCGUGGGUAAACUCCUUGAGCACAUGUUGUACGACCAGUUAACACUAUACCUCGAGGACAACGGACACUUGCCACACACCAUGUUCGGAUUCCGACAGCAUCUGUCCAUGCAGGACGUACUCCUGCUCCUCAAAGAAGACUUGUUUGACUACCUCUAUCACAGAUGCAAAUCAUCAAUCCUGACAAUCGAUGUAAAGGGCGCAUUUGACAACGUGAGCCACGAAGCCAUUCUCCGCAACCUCGAAAAUACAGGCUGCGGAGCUCGGAUCUAUAACUACAUCAGCAUCUUUUUGACACACCGAACAGCAACAGUAGGCGUCUGCAACCGCCGCAGCGAUAAAUUUCGGCUACCUAACAAGGCAACCCCACAAGGAUCAGUUAUUUCACCACUCCUUUUCAAUAUCGCAAUGAUCAAGCUACCGAAACAACUGAACGCCAUCCCAAACUUAUGCCAUGCCCUUUACGCCGAUGACGUCACGCUCUGGACCAAAGCACCUACUACUGGACAACAAGAACGCAAUCUACAAGAAGCCGUCGAUACUAUCGAAAGAUACCUCCGAGACUGUGGUCUCCAAUGCACACCCGAAAGGUCGGAGCUUCUCGUCCUGAGAGCACGGACAUGAGGAAGACCACCUAAUUAUAUCGAACCCGAUCCUAGCGUCUCGCUCAAUGGAACCAAGAUGCCUACACUCGACUCUCUUCGCGUACUUGGACUUCACAUCCACAAGGACGGAUAAGGGGCAGCCACUCUCCUGCAUCUCCAACGCACACUGUCACAAGUUACGCACCUAGUCAAGAGGAUCACAAACCAAAGAAGCGGACUCAAGGAGCACGACACACUAAGCAUCUUUCAAGCUCUCCUAACUAGCCGUAUCACCUACGGAACUCCCUACUUGACACUCAAGCCGGCAGAAAUCAAGAAACUCAAUGUUGUCAUUCGGAAGGCAAUCAAAGUAGCCUUAACCCUCCCACCCAUGGCAUCAAUGGAGAAACUCAAGCUCGGCGCCCACAAUACGUGGGAAUAGCUUGUCGAGGCUAAUAAGAUCAGCCAACUAGAGCGGCUCAAGCUCACACCCACCAGACGUACAGUUCUGCGCUACCUCAACUACAGUGAAAGCUUCAUUGCAGACACGGACCAGAAAGUAAAAAUUCCACCUGCAGUCCGGGACUGUAUCAGCGUUGCAAGUAUACCGCGCAAUAUGCAUCCAACUUACCAUAAGGAGCGUCGGCAAAGCAGAAUCCGCGCACUCAGCAAGAAAUAUGGGAGAGACCCUGAUACGAGGUACACCGAUGCUGCCCGGUAUAUUAAAUGAAACGCCUUUGCCCUAAGUGUCACGGAUCACCAAGGCAAAAGACUUGCAGCUGUCACCGUCCGAGCAAGAGCCCCCGAGACUGCAGAGUAAACGGCAAUUGUUCUGGCAAUAACUUGCCCUGAAGUAGCAGUAAUCCUAACAGACUCCCAAGCAGCAGCUCGCAACUAUCAAAAAGGACGCAUAUCAGAAACCGCACUCAGUAUACUUAGAAAUCACAUCGCACGCGCCCCGCUCCCUAACACCCAUAUUAACUGGGCUCCAGGCCAUCAGGGCAUGACAGGAAAUGAGGCGGCACACUCCGCUGCCCGCGAGCAUACCAGCCGGACUUUCCUGCCAUCCCACACUAGGCCGGCCACCAACAGUGAUGACAUCGCCCUAAAGUACUCAGAACUCCUGCAACACCAACGACUCAGCAGAAGAAUGUACACCUCACCACACAAGAAUCGGAGCAAAGAGGAAGCAGUCAUCCUGCUCUGCCUACAGGCCAACACCUACAUAAACGGAAUAAUCAUGCACAGACUAUCCUAUGCAGUACUCGUACACAUGCCCCCAUUGCGACGUUCCAGACACCCUGCAACACAUGGUCCAGGAUUGCCCACUGCGUCACACAUCCGCAGACCGUACCUCACAAGCUCCACAAGACGACUCCAAAGAAGGCCGUCCCAUGGAAGCACAAGAAGAGCGCCCCAACUCACCGCAGAUCCAUACGACAACUGAAACGUGGGAGGCCAAGCUUUCCUCUGAUGACCUGGACGACCAACGCAUUCUCGUCGCCCGGGCCAAGGAGGCAGCCCAAAUCAGAGGGUUCUUGGAAUAAGGAAUUCUCCCACCUAGGGUGAACCGGGUUCUGACUCGGAUUACUGUUUCAGAAAAUAAAAGUUUAGUUCUCUUUCUCUCCGUGCUUUUAUCACACAUCUCUGGCUCAUUGCAUGGCCUUUUCUUUCUCUCGUGAAAAACUGCCACCAUCAGAUGGGGGAUUGUAAAAUUAUUUGCUGUGUUGGCUUUAUUGUCCAAUUACACACUUUGUGUAGGGAAACUGUCGACCAUGGCUGCAACUUUAGUCAACCAUGUCAUUUGUGAAGUUGCAGUACUAAGAUGUGGCCUACACCAAGAAAAACUGGUGCGCCUGUAAGCAUCCUUUAAAAAAGAAAAAUUGUUUCCAGGAAGCAGCCUGCACUGCUCCUGUAAUAAUGACUUAUUGGAAGUAUUCCUGAAUUUAUACAGUGAGUACUACUUUAGGCUUUUGCUUUUUCCUGGUUUAUGUGGGCUGUUUCGUGCACACACGAGCUCAGUGUACUUAAAGGGGCCAUGACACGAAAUUUUUAAGCCUAAAUUAUGCAUUGCAUGUUAAACUGUACACGUCCCACAGCAAGCUGGCAAAAUUUGAGUGCAUUCAGUGCAGUAGAACGUUUGUAUUUGAAUUUUUUGAUGUCACAGUUGAACCGUAUAGCAGUCUGGCGACACUGAGUGGUGAUGAAAUGAAUGGGCACCACCGGAAACCGUAGAGUUUCCUACAAUAUACUAGAGGGAACUCUGGCACUGCAGUUGUUGACCCACAAUGGGAAUAAUGGGAAGUACAUGGAUUUGUCUGAUCUUCGUGCCUGUGGAUUCAGACUUGCGGUUUUAUUUAUUAUGCUUUAUAUGCCUUCAUUGUCGUAAAUUUCAGAGCAAUCUAUACUCUUCAAAGUGCAGAAGACACUGCGAACGCUUACAAUCGCUACAUAUUACAACAGUUCAGCUUGUUGAUGCGGCCAAAUCAGAACUCGCCAAGUGUCUCAAGGCACUGGCAUGCCUGCGAUAAAUUCGUAAGGGCGUUUCACAUCGCUCGUCGAUGCAUGCAUCCGUGGCGUAAUGGUUUCAACAUUGGGCUUCUCUGCUAGAGAUCCUGUGCUCGAAUCCUGGCGUUGGACGAUUUUAAUAAUGUUUACUGAAUUAUUUGUUAUGCAGUACUCUGUUGAAAAUGAUGUAUUUACAAAGUCACGAAGCUGCUUAAAGCCAGAAGGACGAAGUUUAGGCAAAUCCAUGUACUUCCCAUCAUUCCCAUGCUGGUGCAACCGUUCCCAUUGCAGCUCUCGUAGACACUUGCGCCAGAGCUCCCUCUAGUAAUUAUUGUAUGAAACUCUAUGCCAGAAAUGGUUCCCUUGGGUAGCAGAAGCUGGUCUCAAAGGCUUUUAUGUACUAGAAGCACCGGAGACGAUUGCAGGAGUUGAAAAUACAUCAUGGAUGCCAUCCGCCGUUUCAUUUUUGCAUGUGCGUUGGCACAUCUCUGUGGUUUGGUACUGCUUUUUAUCAAGCAAGUGAAGAAUUGCGGGCACAAUUCAGCGCCGCUCCUAUGCUCUUGGGUGCUAGGGCAUGCAGAGAAAGGCACCAGAUGUGGUCUCCAACUGUUUCAAAGGAGACAACACACAGGCGAUCCCUCAGUUCCUGACGUCACACAGCCUUGCCAAAAUGGUGGUUUCUGUCGGUUGGAGGAGUUGAGAGGCAGCAAUUUCUCAUUAAAAUUUUUGGUUAAAAUCUGCAUUGAGAGCCCAGUUUGUGUAUAAAAAUACUGGGCCCUCUACUCUCAGUUACAAAUAUAAACUGAGAACUGUUGGACGGCUGUGUCAUGGCCCCUUUAAGUUAUUAGAUGUGGUUAUUCACCGCCGACGUGCUUCAUUUACCGAUCUAAAGAAAGAAAAAAAGAACACUUUCCUUUUAUUUUGGUUAGGCAUGUGUUUGCUUCUUGCAUAAAAGCAUUUUCUGCCCUAUGUUGUCUUCUGGAAUCAUUGCAGGGUAAAAGAAAAUGGUGUCUUCCAUUAUUUUGCUGAACAAAUUCUGCCUCCUUCAACAUACUUGUCUUUUGAGGUGUGUUUUACUUUCAUGUAGCACGUAUUGGGACAUUGUGUUGCUCAGCAUGUACCAUUUCUAUCUUUACCUGUCAUAUUAACUAUAUUAAAAUAACGACCACAUUACAAAUGUGACCUUUGCGUAACUAUCUUUAACUGUCAUAUUAACUAUAUUAAAAUAACGACCACAUUACAAAUGUGACCUUUGCGUAAUGCAAAGGUUGUGGGUUCGGUACCCACCAGCGACAAGUUAUGUUUUCAUCCGCUUUCAUUUACCCUUCAUUAUUUUCUGCGUUUCAAUUUCAGUCAUAGCUAAUUACUGCUAUGCUUUCCUUGGCUUCAUUGCCUGCUGGCUUUAUAUAGUCGUCAUUAAUAAAAAUCGAGCUCCUCUGUU